CUGCCCAUGAUGGAGGACAUGACUAACCUCCUGAAAUGGACUGUCUUCCUAUGGAUUGUAAAUACCAUUCCUUUGAGCUGUGGAAUGGCAGUGAAUGAACGAGUUGAUCACUCUUGUCCUCCCUUGAAGCUGGAGGAGAGCAAGUUUGCAUCAAGUAUGACUGAAACGCAUGAAUUCACAGGAUUUGAUCUAGCAGAGAAGUUCCUGUUAAGAAAAGUUGUCGAGGACAGACCAAUGUUUCGCCUGGGCAGCAAGCCUCUCAUUAAGCCCACAGAAUUGGUUUUUCCGAAUGGACUGCCAAGUGAAUACUCCAUUGUUGGCACAUUCCGGCUCCGGAAAACCACAAAGAAAGAUCGCUGGUAUCUCUGGCAGAUAUUUGAUCAGUCGGGGACCAGUCAGGUGUCUAUCGUCGUGGAUGGUGCCAAGAAGGUGGUGGAGUUCUCGUCCCUGGGCCUGCUGAAGAACAGCCUCCAUCACACGUUCAAGAGCCGCGACCUGCACGCCCUGUUCGACCGCCAGUGGCACACGCUCAGCGUGGCCGUGCAGACCGGCCUCGUGUCCAUCUUCCUGGACUGCAAGCUGAUCGAGCGGCGGCAGCUGGACGAGCAGGACUCCACGGACAUGCGCGGCCGCACGCUCAUCACCACGCGCGUGGAGGACGGCAGGCCGGUGGACAUUGAACUGCAGCAGAUCUUAAUCUUCUGCGAUGCUCAACUGGCAGAGAUGGUAAACUGCUGCGAGGCCCCAGGGUCCACGUGUUCGCCCAAGGAGGUGCCGGCUGCUGCUGCUACGCGUCCGCCCAUGGUCACGGGCUACCUUCCCAGAAUGCUCUCGCAGCCCGCGCUCCCGUCCGCCGACAGGUGCCAGUGCUCCGCGGAGAAGGGAGAUCCGGGCUUGCCAGGAUUGGCAGGACUUCCAGGACACAAAGGAGAUAAAGGCGACAGGGGCGAGACUGGAGAGGAUGGAUACCCGGGGAACCCUGGCAUGAAGGGCGACGUGGGGUCAGACGGAGCGAGAGGAAUCGGCGGAGAAAAGGGGGAGAAGGGAGACUUCGGGGAGCAUGGGAACGACGGCCUUCCUGGAGUAAAUGGAUUGAAAGGUGACCCAGGAGCUGCAGGUGAGCCUGGCCUCAAAGGUGAAAAAGGGGACAUUGGCCCACCUGGUCCUGCAGCCUCGUUGACUGAAAUGAGAGGUCUGAAGGGAGAUCAGGGUUUACCGGGUCCUUCAGGGGAGAAGGGAGAGGCCGGGGUGCCGGGUCAGCCAGGAACACCGGGCAAGGAGGGCAAAAGGGGCCGUCGAGGAAAAGCGGGGGAUCCAGGGAAGCCGGGGCCACCAGGUCCCGCAGGGUCCGGCGAAGGGGCAAGCGCCAAGGGAGAUAAAGGUGACUCAGGAGCCACAGGGGAGCCAGGAGUGAAAGGAGAAAGAGGUGAUGUGGGUCAGCCUGGUGAAGCUGGAGGCGGUGGCAUAAAGGGAGAGAAGGUAUGA